AUGGCCGGCUACCAACGACCCAUGAGUUUUUCCGAAAGACGAGGAAGCGCCCUCAGUGACGACUUGACCCUCGGCACAUCGACGAAUCCCAUGGUUAACCACCGCUUGGAAAAGCUGCCUCAGCAGCAACGGCACGUGCGUGGACCUCCUACUCCCAGCAUGUCUACACCCGCCGCGGACUUUGAUCAACAACUCACUGGCUCACCUCCACCGCCUCCCACACCCGCUGCGUCUCCGGGACCUUCGCAUUUCCAACCAGAUUGGAGUGAUGCGGCUGAUGACGAAGACUUCUUUCUCGCAAAAGUCCGGCAACACUUCAAAAACUGUUCUGGUCCUCAGAGGACUCGAGUCCUCGCCGAUCUGCUGAACCUCUGUACCAGCCAGCAAUUGAGUUUCGUUCACCAAUUUGUCAGCCCUUUAUUGAAAAAGGACCCAUUUACAAGUCUGCCAGACGAACUGUGUCUUCGGAUAUUAUCUUUCAUCGAUGACCCAAAAGUUUUAGCACGAGCCUCGCAAGUUUCCAAACGAUGGCGAGAUCUCCUUAGCGACGACAUGACAUGGAAGAAUCUAUGUGUCAAACACGACUACGGCCGCCGACUAUCCGAGGUCUACACACAUGCACCUAGUUUCUCAUCAAGACCAUCAGUACUGGCUUUGCAUGGACUCGAUGCCGACAUGGCCAGCAGCAGCAGUUUCCCAGGCGCGCGCCCUUAUUCCUACGCCUCAGGGACCCGAUUGUUCGAGGGCUCGAAUGCUUCUGGUCGACCCAGGUUACGGACUUACAAGUCCCACUUCAAGCAGAGAUAUCUUGUUGAAGCUGCUUGGCGAUCCGGCGGUACUAGCACAACGCGGAAUAUCACCCAAGAGGGGGGUGUCGUCACAAGCCUGCAUCUGACGCCCAAGUACAUCAUUGUGGCACUUGAUAAUGCCAAGAUUCAUGUGUUCGAUACUGAGGGAGACUCGCAACGCACCCUGCAGGGACAUGUUAUGGGUGUCUGGGCCAUGGUUCCCUGGGAUGAUACUCUGGUCAGUGGAGGCUGCGAUCGCGAUGUGAGAGUAUGGAAUCUCAAGACUGGUGCCUGUUUACACACCUUGCGAGGUCACACGUCGACAGUCAGGUGCUUGAAAAUGGCCGAUGCAAACACGGCAAUUUCUGGAUCCCGGGAUACCACCCUAAGAAUCUGGGAUAUCCGAACCGGUCUUUGCAAAAACGUUCUUGUUGGCCAUCAGUCCAGUGUUCGUUGUCUCGAGAUCAAGGGAGACAUUGUCGUAUCCGGUAGCUAUGAUACUUUCGCUCGAGUCUGGAGCAUUUCAGAGGGCCGUUGCCUUCAAACGCUACAGGGCCAUUUUAGUCAAAUUUAUGCCAUUGCGUUUGAUGGUAAGCGAGUCGUGACGGGUAGUCUGGACACCAACGUGAGAAUUUGGGAUCCGACUUCUGGUGAGUGCCUGGCUAUUCUCCAGGGUCACACGUCCCUCGUUGGACAGCUUCAGAUGCGCGGUGACACCUUAGUUACUGGUGGAUCAGAUGGAUCGGUUAGAGUUUGGUCACUGAGAGAAAUGUGUCCGAUCCACCGUCUCGCAGCUCACGAUAACAGCGUCACCAGUCUGCAAUUUGAUGAUACUCGAGUCGUGAGUGGUGGCAGUGAUGGUCGAGUUAAGAUCUGGGACCUCAAAACUGGACAUCUCGUUCGUGAACUCAUCGCGCAAGGUGAAGCUGUCUGGCGUGUUGCCUUCGAAGAUGAGAAGUGUGUUGCGUUGGCCCUGAGACACGGCCGUACAGUCAUGGAGGUGUGGUCGUUCUCACCACCCGAAGAUAUGCUAUAUGACCGACCGCUCUCGCUUCAACAGCGGGUACUGGAGGAUGACCCGAAUCGACCACUGAGCGCCAUGGCUAUCGACUAUCGUACUUCACAACAGACUUUGGCCAGUCCUAGCCAAGACGCUUUAACCCAGGAUGUCGAGAUGAACGACGUUGGACCUUCAACUGCCCCAUUGCAGGGCGGUACGUUCUUUCAUGACGACUGA